AUGGACACAUUCUUGCAAAUACAUCCUUUCCCAGUUGCCCUGCAGGGCGUUUCACAGACACUAUUGGCAACAAGAGUGGGGGACUGGAUAUUUAUACUGGCGUUGUUCUGCGCGUUCUGCUUUCGCCUGGGAGAUGGCAAGCUCUGGGGCCGACCAGAUCAGAAUCAAUACAAAUGGUAUGAAGCGCCGCAGAAAACAGGCGACCUGAAAGCAAAGCCAAAACAGACCAGAAAUAUCGGCGAGAGACUGCAGCAGAUCGGGUGUGACAUUGCGAUACUCUGGGGCUCUCAAUCGGGCGUCUCUGAAGCCUUUGCCGAGCGACUGGCUCGACAAUGGCAGUCACGAUUUGCACUCAAAACUCUGGUGGCUGACCUCGAUGACUAUGACGCUUCUUCCUUGUCAGGAUAUCCGGCUGGAAAGCUGUGUGUCUUCUUGUGCUCGACAUAUGGAGAAGGAGACCCUCCGGACAAUGCUGUCAAUUUCUGUGCAGCACUCGAGAAAAUGAAAAAGAAAGGAACUCGAGUCGACGGCUUGUAUUACCUGGCACUUGGUAUGGGCAAUAGGAACUACAAGCACUAUAACCAGGUUAUCGUUAACCUGGACCGCACGCUUACUGAUCUUGGAGGCGUUCGUAUCGGUCCUCUGGGACAAGCGGACGAAAGUCAAGGCACCACCGAAGAAGAUUUCAUGGAAUGGCAGGAGAGUGUCCUUGAAGAUCUCGGCAAGAGCAUUCCGUUGCACGAGCGACCAAUAACCUAUGAGCCAACUUUGAAUGUGCUCGAUGUCUGCGUUGACGAGCAGAGCCUCUGGAUGGGUGAACCAAGCGAGGCUGCGCUGCUGAACAUGACCAAGAAGGUGGCCUAUAAUUCUAAGAAUCCAUACCCAGCACCCCUCGUGGCUUCUAGAACGCUAUCCCCAAUUCCAGAUCGACUCUGCGUCCACAUGGAGAUCAGCAUUGCGGACGCGCCCGCGCUUCGAUACCAGACAGGGGAUCAUUUGGCCGUCUGGCCGAUUAAUCCUGAACAUGAGGUCGAGCGGCUGCUUCGUCUCUUGGGCCUGGACGCUCGAAACAAACGCAGACAGCCGAUCAUGAUUGACAACUGCAAGGACGUAACUUCGAGGCGGCCAAAUCUGCCUUCCCCAACAACGAGAGAGGCCCUUCUGAAGUACUACCUGGAGAUUUGCGCACUCGCAUCACGAGACUUGCUCGUUAUGAUUUCCUUGUUCGCACCAACGGAAGCUGCGAAAGCAGAACUUCUGAGGCUGGGCACUGACAAGAGCGCCUUCAGGACUGACGUCGCCGGGAGAUACGCUUCAAUCGGUAGCCUUAUGGAAAUGGUCGCGCCUGAUCAGGUUUGGUCUCAGGUGCCAUUUUCCCUCUUAAUCGAGUCCUUCAAUCGCAUUCAGCCACGAUAUUACUCUAUUUCGAGCUCGCCACUUGUUCAACCAAGACUGCCUACAAUUACAAUGGCCGUGAACAACCGACAGAUCUUGUCACAAGAUAGGGCAAACAAGGAGGAUAGAUUUCUAGGCCUAGCGACCAACUUCCUCUUGGCCCAUGACCGAAGGAUGGCAGUCAAGGAGACGCAAGACCAGAAUGUUCCAUGGUCCCAGUCGCAGUCGUAUGGCACCGUGCCCGGCUACGAUCUAGAUGGUCCAAGAAACAAGCUCAGUGGCGGACGGAUCUACAUGCAUAUCAGAAAGUCGACCUUCAAGUUACCUUUGAACCCCGCCAUCCCCAUAAUCAUGGUCGCAGCCGGUACAGGCAUUGCCCCAUUCCGCGGUUUUGUCCAGGAACGGGCCAGACUCGCAGAGCUUGGCAAAUCAGUUGGCAAGAUGCUACUCUUCUUCGGCUGUCGUGACGAUGACCACGAUUACUUGUACAAAAACGAAUGGGAGGAGCGACUGGUUCAGCUUGGUGGCAGCUUCGUUAUAGUUCCGUGCUUUUCCAGGCUGCUGACGAAGAAAAAGAUGUACGUUCAGGACGGGUUGGCUGAACACGGGCAGCUCGUGUUGGAUAUGAUCGACAACGGCGCGGGUUUUUAUAUCUGUGGAGCUGCGACGAUGGCGAGAGAAGUGAGGGCCCGGCUUAAUCAAGUCAUAGCGAAAAGCAGGCAACAGACUAUGGAGGAGGCAGAUACUUGGGUCAGCGCUAAGAUGGGAAAGGUUGGCCUCUAUCACGAGGAUGUAUGGGGCUAG